AUGACUAUCCGCAAACAGUACCCUGCCCGCAGCUACGACACAUUUCAUGACGACCGUGACGAUAGCGUCACGCAGUCUCCCACAUCCUACCGGCGAGGAGGGGACGAUGACAAGUCUCGCUCCGCUGCGGCGGAGGCUCAACGACUUGGGUCUCAAGGCUCGUGGGCUGACAACUUCGCAGGCGGCACUCCCGCCACCAACCCUACCCCAGCAGCUUCAACCGUCGACGGCGACGAAGUGAGGGAUAUCAGAUAUCCGCAUAUCUCGUCGGAUGGCGAUCCAUCAGAUCCGCCUCCCGUCUACACUCCCUCCGCCAGCACUCAGGUGGGAGCUCAGUCGCCUGCAGCGCCGGCGUCUCCCGUGGCUGCACGAUCGAAUCUCUCUCCAGUCCCAGAGCUAAGGGGGGCCCAUCGUCCUCGUCCGACAUUGUCGGCCAUACCCAUCACUCCCGACACAACCAUCAUCAUCACCACCACCACCAUGAUCCUCACCAGCACGAUGAAGAUGCGGACUCAGACUCAGACGGACUUCCGGUCUUCGUGCAACAGCCUUCGCGGCGGAAUCGUCUAUGGUUCCGAGCCGCCGGUCGAGGGGCUGGUAGAGCGCGGGGCUGCCGCGGGCGCCGGCAGGCGAUACGACAGUGUGAUCGCCACAAACAUCGAGCUCGCCGAUGGACGAUACCAGCUCCCGAGCUUUGGCCAACGUCCCUCGCAUGCGCCCUGGCCUCCGCCAGAACGUGAACACCGGGAGCAUGAGACCUUCCGCUCUAUCAGCGGUACCUACCAACUCUACGAUCUGCUCGAUCUGUCGACCACAGCGGGCAGCAUCACGGUCACCGUCGACGUUCAGCCUGGAGAUAAGCCCGCUGUACUUCGUCUUUCCACCUCAGCAGGCAGUGUCAACGUGAAAAUGGUUUCUGGAGGCGGGUUCUUCUCGAAACCGACCGUUUCGGACGCCGCAAAAUCGAGGACACUGGUGACGGAGAUCUCUACAUACGCCGGUAGCGUCUCUGGCAGCCUGGUGCACGGCAACGGCGGAUCUACUUCCAUCUCCACAAAUGCCGGCUCCAUCUCGGUCACCAUAUUUGCCGUCGGCGUCUCCGAGCUGGAUCCGCAAUCGAACAUCUCGACUAUCUCCAACUCGGGUGGCCAACACAUCAAGGUGGUUCCGGCCUUGAGCUCGACCGAGGCGAUCCGUGCCAUCGAAGCCGCCCACACUAUUCGUGGCAGUGGGAGUAUGAACAUCGCAUACCCGCCUCAGUGGGAGGGUAUGGUCCAUGUUUCGACCCACGGACAUGGGAGUAUUGAUGCCCACGGAGCAGGACUCGUGGUCCGAAAAGAGAGCAGUCGCGAGUUAUAUGGGUAUAGAGGGGAGAAGGAAGGGAAGAAGGUCGAGAUAUCAGAAAUCGGCAGUGGAAGUGUGAAGUUCACCUGCUGA